AUGUUGGUGCACACUUAUUCCGCGAUGGACCGCUCGGAUGGGCUGAACGGGACCUCCACCGCCGGCGGUCGCCUCCCGCAGCUCUCGUCCCUCAACCAGGCGGCGGCGUACUCCUCGGCUCCCCCGCUGUGCCACACGCCGGCCUCGGACUUCCAGCCGCCCUACUUCCCGCCGCCCUACCCGCAGCCGCCGCUGCCCUACGCGCAGAGCCAGGAGGGCGCCUACCCGCACCUGGGGGACCCCUAUGGCGGCCUCAACCCCAUCCACCAGCACCAGCAGAGCGGCUGGCCCUCGCAGCGGGCGCGCCAGGAAGAAGCGGCGGCGGCGGCGGGCCUCCUCUCGCAGACGCACCGCGCCCUCGGCCUGGAUCCGCGCAGGGACUACCCGGGCGUGCCGCGCUUACUCCACGGCUUGGCCGACGGAGCGCACGCCUUGACCGACGGGCCGCUGGGACUCCACGCUCUGGCUCACCCCAGCCUCGAGGACAUCCAGGCGGUGGAUGAGGCCGGCAUGAACCUUUUGGACCAGUCGGUGAUCAAGAAAGGUAAGGCAGCGUUGAGUCAGUCUGCCAAUGGGACCAUCUCUAGCCUGACCAUGAACAAAGACACCCUGAUAGGAGGGGUGACCAAUCCAAAUGAAGUCUUCUGCUCUGUCCCUGGACGAUUGUCCCUCCUCAGUUCCACCUCCAAGUACAAAGUGACCGUCGGUGAGGUUCAGAGGAGGCUCUCGCCCCCUGAAUGCCUCAACGCUUCUCUCCUGGGUGGUGUCCUUCGACGGGCAAAAUCUAAAAAUGGUGGAAGAUGUUUAAGGGAAAGAUUGGAGAAGAUAGGGUUAAAUCUACCUGCUGGGAGGCGCAAAGCAGCAAACGUCACCUUGUUAACAUCACUGGUAGAAGGGGAGGCUGUUCAUCUUGCCAGAGACUUUGGUUAUGUGUGUGAAACAGAGUUCCCAGCCAAGGCUGCCGCCGAAUACCUCUGCCGCCAGCACUCCGAUCCCAGCGAACUUCACGCCCGGAAAAACAUGCUCCUAGCAACCAAGCAAAUCUGCAAAGAAUUUGCUGAUAUGAUGGCUCAAGAUCGCUCCCCGCUGGGAAACAGCCGCCCAUCACUCAUCCUGGAACCUGGAGUCCAAAGCUGCUUGACGCACUUCAGUUUAAUCACCCACGGUUUCGGAGGGCCGGCGAUCUGUGCGGCUCUCACUGCAUUCCAGAACUACUUGGUAGAGUCCCUGAAAGGGCUUGACAAAAUGUUCAUGAACAGCACAGGCAACAGCCACCCGGUGGGCGAUUCCAAAACGUCAGAAAAGGAUGUUAAGCAUCGGAAAUGACCCCUUCUGCAGGCAGUGGCCCACCACGUCUCCCCAUUGGAGGGAUCCUUCCCAUUUCCAGGAUGUGAGACAGGAAGGUCCUUCAACACUCUCAUCAGUGUUGGGGGGCGGAGGGGGGAAGAUUAGGGACCCUCCUCUCUCCUGCCAGGUUUUCCGAACUGUGACAGAUGCGUUUCUGAAACUAAGUCAACGAAAAGAGAAGAUUGAAGAAGAAGAGGCUGAGCAAACCUCACCACAAAGAGAGAAAAAAAUGAGAGCGGUCGGUGGUUUGGGUUGACACGUCUGAUUUUCCAUAGGAGAGACCGGAAGCCUCGUUACAUGUGCAAUUAUUUUGAUGAUUUUAUUGUUUCUUUGGAAAGUCCAUGCUCCUAAGAGGUCGAGAGGUUCCAGAGAGCAUUGCAAAAGAGCAAGCCAAGACAAAGAGGUCUUCAGGUAGAAUCUAGAGGAGAUCUUUUCAGAAUCAAGGCCUGCUUGGAGUCAAAGACUACUGGAUUUUUUUGACUCAUGUGACAGGCCCGGAGAUCUGCACCAGCGAGUGUAGGCUCCAUCAACACUUCUCUUAAUCAUGAUCUUAUAAAUCACCAAUCCUAAAGUUUCAUGUGGCUUUCCUUUGCUACAGUCUCAAUGGCUAAGAAAACGUCCCAGUGAUACAGUCUUGGAAAAUGUCCUACAACUUCGUUUACACAUUUUGGUCCAGGUAGACCUCAUGGUGGAGGUGCUGA